CCAGUGAAGGGAGGCUUCCGGUGCUGCAGCUCCGCAUGGUGCACUUCACCUGUGCUGACUGCAGGUGGCGACUGACAGACAGACUGACUGACUGGCUGACUGACUCUGAGAUAGCCGGUCAAAGAGCGCCACCGCUCGCUCACACGUAUAUCUUCCCCGACAUCACCAGCUCCCCUUGACUGUCUCCUUCACAGUGGGCUCGCAGGCAGACACAGCUGACUUUGAACCGAGCCGGCCGCUGUCCUUACAGUGCGGGUGACACCAGGGACCUUGCAAUGAUCUCGCUGGACUUCAACUUCAACAUCUUGACAAGGGACCUGUCGCAUUAUCUGGAGAAUCAAGUCAAAGUCGGGCUAUUCGGUUCGGGUGUGGGACUGUCUCUGGUGCUGGGCUUUAGCGCAGCGUACACCUGCUACUACUUGCUUUCAGUAGCGAAGAAGCCACAGCUCAUAUCUGGGGGUAAGAAGUUCUACCAGUUUCUGAGGGAGCAAUGUCCCGUAGUGUCAGAGACCUACUACCCCACCUUUUGGUGCUGGGAGAGUCGCAUCCAGACCCUGCUGAGACCCUUUGUCACAGCCAAACCUGGGGUGGUCUACAGAAAUGAGCUUAUUAAGGCAGCAGAUGGAGGACAGAUCUCUUUGGAUUGGUUUGAUAACGACGACAGCUUCUCUCAUCCCGACCCCGCCACCAGGCCGACGGUCCUGCUUCUCCCCGGUCUGACCGGCACCAGCCGAGAGUCCUACAUCCUGCACAUGGUCCAACAGAGCCGGGAUCUGGGCUAUAGAUGCGUGGUGUUCAACAACAGAGGGGUGUCUGGUGAAAUGCUGCUGACGCCGAGGACCUACUGUGCAGCAAACACAGAGGAUCUAGAGACUGUUAUUGAUCACAUCCAGAGGGCUUACGAAGCUGCUCCUAUCAUGGCUGCUGGAGUAUCAAUGGGCGGGAUGAUGCUGGCCAACUACUUGGGGCGAAAGGGCCGGGAGACCUGUCUGAAAGGGGUCGUAGUCUUCUCAGCGGGCUGGGAUGUGUUUGAGUGCACCACUUCACUGGAAAAGCCCCUGGACCGUUUCCUCUUUAACUCCUACCUCACCAGCUGCCUACAAGCCUCCGUGCACAGACACAGACCAGUGCUUGAAAAGUGUUACGACAUCGAUCAUGUCAUGAAGGCGCGGACCAUUCGAGAGUUUGACGAGAGGUUCACCUCCAUAAUGUUUGGCUAUCCUACCAAUGAUGACUACUACCACGAUGCCAGUCCUGUCCACAGGCUCAAAUCGGUGCAGGUGCCAAUGCUGUGUCUGAACGCUGCUGAUGAUGUUUUUUCCCCAUCUCAUGCCAUUCCAGUGGAGGCAGUGAAGCAGAAUCCCAACCUGGCCCUGCUCAUCACCUGUCAUGGCGGCCAUAUUGGUUUCCUCGAGGGCCUGUGGCCUCGACAGAGCACGUACAUGGACCGAGUCUUCAAGCAGUUUGCUAAGGCCGUCAUUGAACAAGGCAGCCGACUCACGGACCUCUCCUGAUAAGAGAACUUAACAAAGUGUUCCUCUAGUUUUACUCACUUACUCCUCUCUUCACCUCUCUCUCAUUACUUUCAUCUUUCUUUCCCUCCUUCCUUUAUUUCAUUUUCACCAUCCAUCUUUCCUCUCUGCAUUCCAACCUAUUCUUAUUCAAUUUCUAAGUCCAUUCUACCUGAUUUCCUUCCACUGACCUGUUUUCCUCUUUCAUUCUUUGCCCGUCAUUCCUCCUUGCCGCAUUCCAUCCACCCUUUCUUCCUUUCCUUUCCUCUUUACCUAAUCCUAUCCUGCCUAUUUCCUUCCUUCCAUUCACGUUUUUUAAUAUUUUCCCUCCAUCCUUCCGUCCUAUUCUUCCUCCUGCCACGAGCAAAAAACCCCUUUUUUUCUCAUUUCAAAAGGCACAUCUUAUUGAAUGCAGCAUUUGUGUUGCAAUUCUCGUUUAUUUAUUACGUACAGUAAACAGGUCAUUGUAUGUAAUCUAGAGCUGAAUAAUAUGCUUCUUAAAAAAAAGAAAAAGCAUAGCCGUUCAUGUCAUUGUUGAAAAGCUGAAUUUGUGCCCAUCUUGUUUAGUUGCAUUAGCUAGCUAAGACAAAAAAAACCCUGCUAUUACCUUGUGCAAUUAUUUUGUUUUGAAGUUAACACAUGUACUGUACAUGAAAAUCCAAUCAUGUUUGCUCAUGAAGCAUCUUUAAGUACUCAUGUCAGUAGGAUUUUAGCCCUCAGGGAUUGACUUUAUUUACUCAUAUGUCUAUCCUUCCUGUGUAAUUUUGUUUUAUCAAUCAUUCUCCUUUAGUUUGUAUUUUCCUUGUUUAAAGGUAGAUGUUAUUUAUCAGUUGACAUAUAGUUGUUUCUUUUCUUUUAACGUAGUAGUUAGAUGUUAUGGUAAAUACACCUAUCUGCUGUCUUACAGAGAGUUAGAUCAGAAGAUUGAUACCAUUGAAGUUACAGUCGUCACACACUUAGCUUUGUUUAGCUUAGCUUAGCCUAGCUUAGCAUGGAUACUGGAAGCAGGGGAAACUGCUAGCUUGGAUCCAAAGGUCAUAAAAUCCAUCUGUUGUUUUUUUUAAACCUUUGGACAGAAUCAAACUAGCUUUCCCACCCCCUGCAUCCAGUCCUUAUGCUAAGCUAAGCUGCUGCAGACAUGAGAGUGGUAUCAAUUGUCUCGUCUUUCUCUUGGCAAGAAAGCAAAUUAGCGUAUUUGCAAAAAUGUCAAACUACUUGUUCCUUAACCAUCUGCAUGCACUUUUACUUUCACACAUUCUACCUUUACGCACACCAAAUAGUUCUUCAAAUGUAUUAUAUAGAGAAUAACUCAUAAAUGACAAGGAAUGUGAAAUUGCACUAUUUUAGUUGAUACUAUCAUGCCUCUAAUUCCUUCAUGCAAGGCACAUCAUUUCAUUCGAUAUAUGAAAGUAUAUCUUAAAAGGCUGAACAGAGCAGUACAUGAACUCAGUGAGAUUUUCUUUGUGGGAAUGUUGGUCAUUAUAUAAUGUAAGUGAGUCUGAGGGUGCUAGAUACAGUGAUGUGAAUGAAGUAACACUCAUUGGAAGACAGAGAGUGUAAAUACAUUCGAAGUGGUGGAUGUUGCUUUACGAGAUUGCAUAGUAUCGUUAAUGGAACCUGGCUGUCGGUCCUGGUGUGUUUUCUGCUUCGCCAACAAUGAUCAUGGGGCUGGCUACCGUGUAUGAGUUGGCAUCGAUGAAUCAGGCAGACCUGACCGGCGGCCAGGCUUUCAGUAAUGCACUGCAUGAGGGAUCUUGACUUCCUGUUCCUGUGGAAUUUUGGUGUCUGUCUGUUCUGCCAAGUGUCCAUCGAAGUAGCAUGUGUCUCAUCUGCGUCAUCAUGUCCUGAACCUUAACAUCACCUGAUAAUCUGUAGCACAAAGGACAUGUUUGUUUGUUUGUUUGUUUGUUUUCAUAUGCUGCUGCAUUUUAUUUUGUACACUAUAUGAAAAGAAAAGGAAAAAAAAAAACAUUCUGUUUAACGUGUGCAGCAAUAAGAUUUUAAAUUGAAAAAAAAAAUGUCUCUAUAGUGUAAGUACCAGUAUAUGCACAUUAUCAACAUACGUGUAAUAUGCUGUAUUUAAUAAAUGAUUAAACACAGUCUCGAUUG